UCAACUUUAGCAUGGGUUCAUAAACUUGUGCAAGCAUUAUGGAUGAAGCCAGAACAACAACAUGUAUGAUAUGAUUCAGCUGUUUCCAGAGGACAACGAGGCUUCAGAUCUUUGGCUUUCUUCCUCAUUUCUACAGCGUGUGGGUAACAUGAGGGCUGUCCAGCCUCUUCUCCUUUCUAUAAAAACUGCACAAACUCAAGACACCAGCACCCUUCCUCCACCUGCACAGGCAAAUAUAGAGACCACCGUAAGACCAUCGGGACCCCAGGACCCUUCCUGCACCUGCACAGACUGAAGAGACGAACACAAAGAUGAACCGUGUGUCCUGGAUGACGCUGGUGGUCCUGCUGUCGGCUGAAAGCAGUUUCUCUUGGGACGUGAAUGAGCUGACUGUUAUUGUAGACACCAUCAGGAGAGAGUACAGAAUACAGGAGCAGUUCUGUCUGGCUGCAAACAUCCCACUAGACACCCAAGACAGAAAUACACUUUCUAAUGUCCUUCAACAUGACCGCUACGAGAACAACGUGGAUCGAACGCUUAACAGCGGCGUAGCAUACGUCGGGACAAAUGUGGUUAUAGCCACACGUGCAAGCGAUAUACAUGCAGAACCUCAAGUUCUGUUAGAGGAAAACAUGGAAACAUUGAUUAACAAUCAUGUGGGAAACCGCCUGCUCAUUUACUCUUACCUCUCCCCAUGUGUAGGCAGGUGUACAAACCCAUUCGACAAAAAGUUCAACAUCCUUAAAGACAUUAGAAAUAAUGUCAUUCCAUACUGGCCUAAUCGCGUGGCCUUUGUGUUUACAACAGUCUGUGAUGACAAGAGAUGUGGUCGUGUUCGUGGACAUGAAAAACCUACCAAAGACGAGUUGAGAGAAUCACUGAGCGAGCUCGGGGGAACUGGGAUUGGCCUCGAAAACAUUUUCCGCUGUUACAAACCACCAAACUUAGGAUUUGAGUGCCACAGCUGCUCGUCUAACGGAGCCGUUUCAGAUGUUUGUGUUCAAAACAACUUUGUACCUGGACAGCAGUCACAGCAACGUCCCAAACAGAGAGGAAGAAGCAGAAGUAGAAGCAGAAGUAGAGACAGCGGUAGGAGUUAUCGUCCUGAAAAGAGAGGAAGAAGCAGAAGUAGCAGUAGUGACAGCGGUAGGCGUUAUCGUUCUGAAAAGAGAGGAAGAAACAGAAGCAGCAGUAGUGACAACGGUAGGCGUUAUCGUUCUGAAAAGAGAGGAAGAAACAGAAGCAGCAGCACAAAGAGAGUAGGUAAGAAGAGUAGAAGUAGCCACAGCCGAGGCUGAGGUAGAAGUAGUAGUAGUAUUAGUAGUAGCAGCAGUAGUAGUAGUAGUAGUAGUAGUAGCAGCAGCAGCAGUAGU